AUGUCCGAACCCACCGAGACUUCCGAUCCCUUGAAGGUAUCUCGAUUUACCUAUCGACAAUUGCAGGGGUUGCGACAGGGAUCCACAGCAACCCCUCUACGCGUGAUUGCGCAUAUCGACCUGGAUGCUUUCUACGCGCAAUGCGAGAUGGUCCGUCUAGGGACUUCACGGGAGAUACCACUAGCAGUACGGCAAUGGGACUCUUUGAUUGCCAUCAAUUAUGCCGCACGAGCUUUUGGGGUCAGUCGAUUGAUCAAUGUUGCGGAGGCCAGGAAACUUUGUCCAGAUCUCGUUCUACAGCAUGUCGCGACUUUUCGAGAGGGAGAGGGAGGUCGGUGGGCAUAUCGAGAUGACUCAUUCAGAAAUAUCAGCACGGAUAAAGUGUCUCUGGAUCCGUAUCGAGCACAAUCGCGAAGGAUCCUUCAGACGAUGAAGGAGGCUCUGGCCACAUGGAAUGCCGAUGGCGUGGGAGUUGAAACUCAGAAUCCGAAGCAAGAGCUCUCGGCUGUGGUGGAGAAAGCCAGUAUUGAUGAAGUGUUCAUUGAUUUGUCUCCAUUGAUAUAUAGGGCGCUUCUUCAGAGAUAUCCAGAACUUCGGAUGGGAAUACCGAAUGAAAACAGAGAUGCGGAAUUGCCUGUACCGCCGACCACAGCCUUGCAGUGGAACACGGACUGCUUAGUGGACCUGGAUAAACAUGAAACAGAGGAAGAUGAUCCGGACUGGGAUGACGUUGUCAUGCUGAUAGGAUCCGAGAUUGUACGAUCGGUGCGGAGUGCGGUUUGGGAAAAGCUCAGCUACACCUGUUCAGCUGGGCUUGGCCGCAACAAAAUGAUUGCAAAACUAGGAAGUGCUUGCAAUAAGCCCAACCUACAAACCGUUGUACGGAAUCGAGCGGUGCAGAAUUUCCUAGGUGGUUAUAAAUUCACUCAGAUCAGAAUGCUAGGUGGUAAACUCGGCGAUCAGAUAACUGCCGCCUUUGGGACAGAAAAAGUCAGCGAGCUUCUUAAUGCACCGCUCGAGCAAUUGCGCACCAAGCUGGCUGACCAAACGGCAACAUGGCUUUACGGGAUCAUCCGUGGCGAGGACCGCAGUGAGGUCAAUCCCCGAACCCAAAUUAAAUCUAUGCUAUCCGCGAAAUCUUUCAGACCGAGCAUAAACUCACUUGAUCAAGCCGAGAAGUGGCUUCGUAUCUUCGCAGCCGAUAUUUAUGGCCGGCUUGUGGAAGACGGCGUGCUUGAAAACAGACGUCGUCCAAAGGUGAUUACGAUGCACCAUCGAACUGCGCAAUCUCGUUCUCGACAGAUACCAAUUGCAAGCUCUAGCGCAAUUGACGAGAAUCUUCUCUACGAUCUGGCCAACAGUUUGCUUCGUCAAGUUGUGGCUGACGGACAGGCGUGGCCCUGUUCCAACCUGUCGUUAAGCGUGUCAAGCUUUGAAGACGGCGUGAGCAACAACAAGGCUAUUGAGGGCUUUUUGAUUCGCGGUGAUCAAGCAAAAGCUCUGAGUCAUUCUUCAAGACCUCGAGAUAUCGAUAAUUCCCCCAGUGAACUACCUUCAACCGAGAAAAGACGAAAGCUCGACGGAGACGGGGGUAAGAGUAAAAUUUUCUUUGGAAAUUCAUCACACCUUGAAAAUACUGUCGCUGAUGAGCCCGACAGCCCCCAAGAAGCUGUUGGAAUGAAUUCCGGAUUGAGCGUAAUUCCCCAGUUUGUGUGUCCACGGUGCUCUAAGUCGGUGUUCGAGCAUGGAAAGGAAGAACAUGAUGAUUGGCACUUUGCCAAGGACCUUGCAAGCCAGGACAGAGAGGAGGCUAAGGUUUCACAGCCGCCACUGCUUACGAAAAAUAGUGCACGCGGUACAACUGCUCGUGGGAGAGGGGGGCGAGGUGGAGGAAGUCGGGGUAAGCCUGAAAAGGGACAGAUGCGACUUGCUUUCCAGUAA